ACGGCAACAUAUUGAUGGCAAAGCCCCGCACCGCUUGCAGCAACGCAGCGUCAUGCAACCAAGUCCAAGCUUGGUGCCGCCGCUGUGUGCGGUGCAAGUCUCAAGCGUAUUGCUCUAAGGAAUGCCAGAUCCAAGCGUGGCCCUCCCACCGCGCCGCGUGUGCCAACAUGACUUGCGUCCAGAAGUGGCGCGAACUAGAAACACGGUGGUGGCGCGGGGUGCCACAUGAAACGACACAGGCCAUGAUCGAAAACGGACUCAACCCUUCGUCCAUGGCAUUCUACGGCGAAGUGUAUUUUACAUUGACCGGAUUGAAGCCAUGCGUCAUGCUUACAGGCAUCCCACUCGCUUGGCGGAGCUCCUUCCUACAGAGCGUCAUCGAAUGCAGUGGCGUCCUUGGACUCAAGUCGUUGUCGCUCGUCACCGUUGGGCCUGUGUCCACCAUGUCCUUUGCCUUUGCUGGCACCAUCGCCUUGGUCAAUACAAACCACCCAUUGGCAAGCGAAAUCGUCACGGCUGUCUCAACGGAAAUGCCAUUGCGUCUUACGGAAACGGCGGUGGCACGGUGGCUGGACUACCCUGUCGCACUCGACACAUGCACCGACUCGAUGGUUGAAGUCGGCUACUUUGACUCGACAACCAACCAACUCGUCACGUCGUACUGCGCUAGCUUGCGCGAUCGCGGCCACCAACGGCAGAUUCAAGACCAUUUUGAACGAUACGCUGAAACCCUGGGCUCCAUGAUGCUGUUGCGACGGGAAGCCGUGCUCGUUUAAGGACGCUGUGCAAAGUCCACAUACCGUUCCCUCCAUGGGCAGAGCCGCCCAGUGUUUGGUUCAAGCAGUAAAUGGGAUUUCGUUACAGAUUCGGACCCUAUCGCGACUCGGUGCGCACUAGCGGCGUGUACGAUGCAUGAAUUCUCUUGGCCCAUUGCACAGCGUUCCCUGCUGCGACAGUUGCUGAAGGAUGGGGCGUGGUAUCGGCUUGUGCUUU